AUGGAUUAUUUACCAUUCAUUGAUUCAGAAGAUUAUGAUGCUGAUUCCAUAUCUCAAGUUGAAAAGGAAAUCAAGAGGGAAUAUGCUCAAAUAGAAAAGGAUAAGGACGAAGAUACGAAUUUACAUCCAGAAGUCAUAAAAUUAUUGAAUUUAUGGAAGGUACCGACGACGACUAGUCAUUUUGAUACAGAAUUAUUGGAUGAAUAUAUGAAUCCCAGGAAGAGGAAGUUUGAUGAAAACGAAGAUGGAGAUGAAGAUGAAGAUGCACUGGAGGAAAGAAUCCUUGAGAUAUGUUCCAAGAAAUAUCCUAGGAUAGAUUUAUCACGAUAUUUUCUGAAUAGUGAUGAUGAGGAAUCACUUUGUAUAACGCAUGCUUACAUUGAACAUCAAGAGGUACUUUUGAAGGAUUGCCUAUCGAAGACUUUGACUAAUCAAUGGGCCAUCAAUAAUGAAUUCAUAAAGGAAUCUAAUGCUAACCUUAACUUGAUUUUGGAAAAGGAAAAUAAAAAUCUGGUGGAUUUAAUGAAAUAUAGAGAAAACGCUCAAUUGAAAAAUAAACCAAUUUUUGAUAAAUUAAAGCAGAAAUGGAAAGAUAAUUUGAUACAGAAUGUUUUAGGGACUGCUCCUUCUGAUUGA